AUGAUUUUAAAAAAAAGCAAGCUGCUCGCCCUGUCCCUCCUGUUAGCACUUGUGGAAUACCUAUGCCGGGAUGGGCGACGCAAGUGGAUGAGUCUGCUCAGCAGGUGGGAAGCCGCCUCGUAUGACGGAAGUGACAUGAUUCUAGAUGAUAGCAGGAGGGGAAAGCAUGCCCACAUAUUUUCGCGAAAGAAUACCCUCCAGUUUGGAAAAAGCUAUGAACAAAUCAGACAAAAGGAGAGAAGCAACAGAAGGAACGUAGUGUGCAUCCUGCCCAAUGGUACUACCCACUUCAGAACGUUACACGAGCAGGAAGAAGAAGAAAGCGAAACUCAUCUCAGGGAAAUAACCGAAAAUGAUGUAAACGUCAGCGGAAACUCAGAUAAUGCAAAAAGUAUUGACGAAAUUGAGCAGAAACUGCUAAAGGAACAAGCAAGCACACAGGGAGAAUUACCACAGCAAACUGUAGGAACUAAGGUAAGUCCCCUCAUCGAAAAAAGUACGGUGGAUCAUUAUCUAGAUGUGUGUGCAAAAAUAAGGAACAAACAAUUUCCUUUAAAUAAUUGCGAAGUUUUUUAUGAGUCACCGGAAGUAACACUUUACAAAAACCUCUUGGAAGAUAAAAGCGAAACAAGAUAUGAUCUCAUAGGGUACGGGACGUUGAAUGAUGUGUCUCUCUACGGAGGCAGUCAGGCACUUAACAAUAUAGACAUCAUAAAAGAAUGGAACAAAAAUAUAUACAAAAUUAAUUACCUUAAAUUGAAUAAGGCAUCCAUAAUGGAAAAAUAUCAAAAAGGAGAAAAAAUUGAUCCCUCCAAAUAUAUUCUCCAAAAUGAACACCUCAAAGAAAAUAGAAGAUACAUAUACCUGAUCAAUGGACUUCCUUGGCCAUUCAGAAGCCAAGAUACAGUAUACGAAUUUUACCAGAAAUAUAUAGAGGAUCAGAACAUUCUCCUUGUGGCUAACAAAUCUGUGAAUAAUGUUUUUAGCGAUAAUAGUUACUACACACGUAUACGUGAUUAUGAAAAUUUUUUCUGCCUUUAUCCCAAGAGCAAAAAUUCAUACGAAAAAGGAUUGGACUAUGUGAUCUCCGUUUACUACGAUGUUAACAUUCCAAAGUUUAUCCGGAAUAACAUUCUGGGUCAGAUUUUUCCUGCCCUCAUCUUUGACUUACACAAGUCUUCCAAGGAGAUUACUGAGAAGGGAUUAUCCAUGUCCAUUGAAGAAAUACAGAAGAACGAACUCCCUUUUCAGAUGAAGGAUAAUUUAUCUGGUGAAGAUGGCGAUGCUGGAAACUUGGAAAUGGGCGCCCAGGAUUCUAAGUCCCCCUUCUUUGGCGCCACCGUCCUCCGUGUCAUCUUCAUCGACCCCUUCCACUUCAUUUGGACCACCAAUGUCAAUUUUUUCAAAAAAAUUUACGUCAUCGUUACGAGCAUCUUCUAA